UUUCGCCUAAAAAGGUUAACGAAGAAAUACAUUUUGAACCCUUGCAUUACGUGUUAGGAUCAUUACUCAGAAAAGAGGAACAAGGAUAUAUAUUGAAACUUCCGGAUCCAUUGUCUUCUCACAAAGACAGAACACUCACUGAUGUACCCCAGAUCAUCUCAAACACUGAUAUUCAGUAUGGAAAUCCUGGUAAAUUCCGCAGUAUAUCCUGUUUAAAUGAUAAAGAAUUCUGGACUUGUGGUGAAGAUAAUAUUAUGAGACUGUUCAAUUUUUAUGGAGAACUUAUGAGGUCAAUCCAAACCAAGUCCGGAAAAUGGCCAAAGGACAUUGCAGUGACUAAAAAUGGAGAUAUAGUUUAUACUGAUCCGUGGAAUUUUACUCUGAACAUAGUGAAAAAUACACAAAUAUAUGACUUAGUUAGACUACAGGAAUGGAAACCCAAUUUUGUAUGUUGUUCAUCCACUGGUGACUUUCUCGUUGUUAUGUUCAAAGAUAAUGACGAGGAUGCAAAAGUUGUGCGCUACGCUGGUUCCACAGAAAAACAAACUAUUCAGUUCGAUGCGGAAGGCCAGUCUCUUUUUCGUGCUCCUGAUUAUCAAUGUGGCCUCGAUUGCACUACAUACAUAGCUGAAAAUAGGAAUCUAGAUAUUUGUGUGGCUGACGUUCAUAACCAAGCAAUAAUUGUCGUUAAUCGUGCUGGGGAGCUUAGAUUUCGGUACACUGGUAUCAUGAAACCUAUCGGCAUCACUACAGACAGCCAGGGACGAAUCUUGGCAGCAGACAGUCACAACAAUCUUAUCCACAUCCUGGAUCAAGACGGGCAGUUCCUUCGCUUCAUUGAUAAUUGUGGAUUAGAUACUCCAUGGACUUUAAGUGUGGACAAUGACGAUAAACUAGUGGUGUUGAUGAAAGACAUUGGUAAUGUGAAGAAGAUCCAAUACUGUCUGUAAACAAACUGAAUGAUUGGCUUUAAGCCUUACAUCUUAACAAACCGCGGUGUUGCUUAAUUAUAUGUUGCAUGUAAUUUUAUCGUUGAGAGA